CCCAAUCGGAUUUGUAAACUUGGCUUGGGGGCAUUUGAGAAAAUGUACCGCCGUCAGCUCAUUACAUUCCUGCGACGAGUCGCUCCGUUGACCGUGCUCACCAUUCCACCUAUGAACCCAAUCCCAACCCCCGAAAAGCCUUUGCAAAAACCUUCUCACCAUGAUCCCACCGGGGGCUUUAGGAACCCAUGGCCGUCAUGUCACAUGCAGACACUUUGGUCUGCAUUUGGCCUUAUGAAGGAUUGGCGCAUGAGCAACACUUGGAAACUACCUCCGAAAGAAGAGCGAGUACAAGUGGUCGAAAUGGAUUGGGAGAAAAUCAAAAAUCCAAGUGCGGACGGUUCAAUACAGGCGACAUGGCUAGGCCAUGCUGCAUUCUUGAUUCAAAUUGAAGGAGUGAAUAUUCUGUGCGAUCCGAUAUUUUCGCACAGAUGUUCCCCGUUCCAGUUCAUGGGUCCCGCGCGCUAUACAGAUCCUCCAUGUAAAAUAGAGGACUUGCCCAAGAUUGAUGUGGUCAUUAUCUCUCACAAUCACUACGAUCACUUGGAUCUUACCACGGUGAAAGCCCUUGAGCGCGAUCACCCUCACUAUUACGUGCCGUUGGGAAACAAGUCUUGGUUUGCGCCAAUCACAUCUUCAGUUACGGAAUGCGACUGGUGGGAUGAGCACGUACUUGAGUUGCCUGGAAAGGCCAAGGUCCGCAUUGCAUGUACUCCGUGUCAGCAUUUUACGGGUCGCGGAUUACAUGAUCGCAACCAGACAUUGUGGAGUAGUUGGGCAGUAAUUGGGGAGAAGGGAAGACGCUUCUAUUUUGCUGGCGACACAGGAUACAGGACUGUCAAUAAGGGUGCAGAUGAAACUCAAGUCCCAAUCUGCCCAGCAUUCAAAGAGAUUGGCGCAAAAUACGGUCCAUUUGACCUUGCAUGCAUUCCCAUCGGUGCCUAUUCCCCGCGCUGGUUCAUGUCACCCGUUCACUGCUCGCCAGAAGAUGCAGUUUGUGUGCACAAAGAUGUAAAAUCCAAGCGCUCGAUCGGCAUGCACUGGGGUACCUUUACCUUGACUGAUGAGGACAUCAGAGAGCCGCCUCUUAGACUACGGGCGGAGGCUGAACGACAGGGACUCAAAGAUGGCGAGUUUGGUGUUUUGCAAAUAGGUGAAACAAUUUCUGUAGGAGUUUAAGUUGACGAUGCAGAUAGGUCAAACAAUUUUCGUAAGAGUUCAAGUUGAAGAUAUAAAGUACAUGUAGCUUUCUAACUAGAUAGGAUGGUAUAUUCGUCACUGUUGCCUUUUUCGAAUCCCUCUGUGAUCCUUGCUUGUGCGAAUUUGCAUAUCUCUCCAUAUUCAAAAGGAAAAGCCUCAAAAACGUAAAAUGAUGAUGUG